UGCCUGUCCUGUUUCUGGCUGUCGAAUCAUUAGCCUCAGACGUGAAGCUUAAUUGUUGUGCUGGGUCGGGAGAGGGAGUCGGAGAGAGAGAAAGGUUGAUCAGAGAGCAACAGCAGCAACAGCAGCAUCCAUGGAUCUCUUGUCGCGUCGCCCCCAGCCGCCGAUGACAUCGUUCUAGUUCGCUCGCCUCACGUCGCUGUUCGCCAUUCAUUACAUACCUGCUAUUGGUUGCACAGCGACCGAGCAUCGCAUACAAAAUCAUUACACACCCCCCGACCAUCGGCGGACUCCAGCAUCCAUACCUCACUGGCCAUACCGUCAUCACUGACCAUGGCUCUGUUUGGGAGCAGGCGGAGGGGGAGUAGUGCGGCGAGGCAACCUCUCGAUGCAAACACCGCCUAUGCUGCCGGUGUCGCGGCGCGCGCUGCUGCUGCCGCCUCACGUCCUGGCACCAGCAGUGGCCUCUCCUCUGCCGCCGCUGCCGCCGCUCUUCGAUCCGUCACCUCGAGUCCCGAGCCUGUGGGCAGCAUACAGACCAGGCGCAUGGUCCGACGAGGGAGCAACUCGUCCAUUGGCAGCGCGAGUAUCAUGAGUGGGAACGGCCGCGGGGCCUCGAUGCGCGGAGGAAGUAUGCAGCGACGCGGUAGUCAGGGCUCCAUGGCCGAGCGCACCUUUCGAUCUCCCUCUCCUGGAAGGGCACGCGGUGGUGGCGGCAGCGGUGGCGGAGACAGGCAGCGUCGUGGCAGUCAGUCCUCGAUGACCGAGCGCACCUUUCGAUCGCCCUCUCCUGGCAGGAGUCGGACCAACAGCUUCACCAACAAUGGCUCACCCGUGGUGGACGCGCCUCCGGUGCCAACUAUACCAAAAAGUAUGCAGCAAGGCAGUGCUCAUCAGCGCUCGUUGAGUAUGGAGCCGCCGCAACGAGUCUACUCGCCCGGCCCGUAUGGACGAGGGGGUCGCACGAACAGCAUGGAUAGGUCUACCGCCCCUCCUCCCGUGUCUACACGCAAGGGAAUGCAGUUAGCGGACGUCAAUGAGUCGGAGCUCGAGCGGUCAGACAGCCAGCGAAAAAAGAACAUCUCGCAGCCGCAAACAUCGCAGCCCACGAGUCCUACAAGCCCCUCACGUGGGAAGGCCUAUACACACGGAACUGGUGGCUGGUAUGCAGAGCCCGUACAGAACAAGCCCACGAGUAAUGGCGGCCCAGGACCCAACCCAGACCAACUAGCGGCCAAAAUGGCGAGGAUUCAAAGUGCACAAGGCCAGAGCGUGAAGAAAGAUGGCCAGAACUCCUCCUCGCAAGGUGCGCAGCUAAAAACAUACACCCAGCCGACCAUUACUGGCACCGCUGUCAGACCGCAAGCCAGACCUCAGCAGGCUACGGAAACGGUCAUGGUCUACGACUCCAACUCCCGAACAUUUGUUCCUCAAAUCAAGACGAAAUCUGCCGUUGUUGAACCACCGUCACCCACUCUGCCGCCCCUGCCCGCAGCUGCGCCAGGAACGUAUGAUCCCCAUACACGCACGAUCGUUCCAGUGGCGCCUGCUCCUGAUGUGGCGCCUCCUCCACGCAAUCCUGCGAGACUGUCUCCGACCACCAGUCCCAGGAACUCUUAUUUGCAGCAUCAGCCUUCGACUGUCCACGAGGAUCCAGAGGAGAAGGAGGAGGAGGAGGAGGAGGAGGAAGAGGAGGGAGCUGCAUCUCUAGAUACUCCCACGAGUGCGAGGAUGAUCCAAACGUCAGUAGGACCAGCCAAGUCGUAUGUCUCGGCCGUGCAGCAGCAGCAUCAAAGAUCAGCGAGUCUGGAUGUACCAUCACGCAACACACCAAGCAUCCGUGGUCGGCAGGUCUCGGCGUCUCCAAGUCCGCAACGCAAGACGCACUUCUCUGCCUCCCCUGUAUCGCAUGCCACGAGACAUGACCCUCCACCACGAGACAUUUCACCUGCCAAAUCUGCUCUCAAGAACUCCAAUUCUCCUGCGCCUUCUGCUCGGACCGCUUCGCCCCUGGCACACUUUUCUGGACAGUCGAUGGGGCCUGGUAGUGAUGUUUCAUCGGUGUAUUCACAGGAUGGCAUCUCUUCGAUGGUCAAGAAGAAGAAGAAGUCUGCACGGGUGAGCUUUGAUGAGCAGCCGCACGAAAUCGAAGUUCCUGCUGCGGCUCCUCCGAAGGUGUCGCGUGCUCGAUCUCCCGACUUGGAUGAUUCGGAUGAUGAGGACUUUUCAAAGCCACGCCCCGUUCUACCUACCUUUGGCAGCAUUCGUAAGAACAGAGAAGUUGCUGAGAAGGUCACGGAAAUGGCUCCAGAUCGCCUGGAAUACAGCAAUGAUCAUGCCAUUGGCAGCAUCCUGCACGGUGCGAAUGGCGCCACAAAGCUCGCGGGUGAGCCGAUGCCGCCUGUGGUGACGAGCAAGGACACUCCUGUCAACAUCAGUGACAGUGACAGCAUCUCUGACGUGGGUGACCUUGGCGAGUACGUUGCUGCGAACGCUGCUCACGUCAAUCUGCCGGAGCAGACUGCUGAACAGGCAGCUCCAAUCCACGAGGAGCCCAGUGCACAAUCUCCAAUCGAGCCCAGUGAACGAUCUCCGGUCGAGCCCAUUGUUCGAGACUUUGCCUCAGUUGGAACCGCCGCUCAAAAGGCGCAUGACCCAAGCGUGCCUCAUAUUAGUCUUCUGCCGCCCACGCCAGGCACCGAAGAAUUCACAUCGCUGGAUAACAGGCAAUCGGCAGAGAUCGUCGUUCCUGGUGGUUGGGGUGCAGAGACCGAGACCGACGCCAAAUCGGCCAUUGCGACAACAGGCACUCCGCAGCACGACGGGGCUUCGACUGGUACUUUGAACUCUACCGAAGAACAUCCCCCCAUUCUGACUCCCAUAGACGAAGACACAGACACAGACGACGCCGAGUUUAGCGAUGCUGCAGAAGACCCCUCAGAGUUCGAAGGCGGCUUUGCUUCACUUGACGCUAUUGCCGUCAGUCCAAUCACUGUAAAGCCCUCGUCAGGUGAAUUGCCAGCUUCGCCCAUAAAGAGCCUCACGUCGCCUCCUGAUAGUCCCACUGCACCAAAGGCGCUCGGUCAGUCUGACGGAAGUACUGGCACAACCGAAGACAAGUCGAGCGGAGAUUGGACGUCGGCGACUGCAUAUUGGUCUCAAUUGAGCAGACAGCAACGUGCACAGAUCGAGCGCGACCACAUGUCGUCUGAUGAUGAGGCGAGACCCUCGCCUGCCGCCACGAAGAAAACAAGAAAGACACCUCCUCAGCCUAUUUCCACGCAAGCUUCGCCCAGGUCCGUUCCCGCUCAUCGCAUUGCACAGCCUGCACAGCCAGCGCUGAAGAACGCGAUGCGUACGAAUCCUGCGCCAGUGGAGUCCAACCACUCGAUGCGUAAGUCGAUGCGUGAUGGCGGAGGUCUCUCUAGUGGUUCUCUCCGAUCAAGGUCGUCAUCUGCGCAACCCGCAGCCUCGGAGCAACGAGCUGGUGCGCUGGUAAAGAAGACGAUGCGCCCCCAGUCCUCCGGGCCAACCGUUGCUUAUUCGAUGAGUAAUGGUCGUGUCUCGCAAGAGCACUCCUACACGAAGCCAGUCCUGACCAGGCCAGUGUCGUCUACUUCUACCACACCAGCUCCACCUGUCGUCAGCCAGAGGUUGCAAAAGGAGCUACUGAAUCACGACUCCGACUCCGAAAGCAGUUUCAGAAAGAAGAAGCGUUCCAACUCUAUGACCAGUGGCGGCAUGAGCAUGAAGCGUAGUAUGCGUGGCGGUUUGCCCGACCAGGGAGCCCCGGCUCGUGAACAACGACGAUUAUCUCCAGAUCGAGUCGGCAGGGGCAAAGGCAAGGACUCCUUCAGCAUUCGAUCUCUAUCUCCGACAGGCUCGAUUUUCGGACGCAAGAAGGCUAAAGACGUGAGGAACUCGAUUCGGGGUUCUUCUGUUGCAUCCAGCGGUCGUAUGACGACGAUGCGCACCGCGCAGCCAGCCAAGACUAUGCGCCAGACUCCUGCUCCAGCGGCACAAAAGGCCUCGGCAUCAAGCUCGAGGUUCAAAUCCCGAUUUGCAGAUUCAGACGACUCGGAUGACGAUGCUCCUCCCGCCAGAAGAGGCGGUGGCGGAGGCUUCAGAAGUCGAUUUGCUGACUCUGACGAAGAGGAUGCAGACGUUCUCACUCCUGUACGUGGUAUCCCUCGGAGGAGCGGCCAGGAUGACGGCGAUUCUACCGACCUGGACGACUCUGACGCCGAAGGAGGACACAAGUCGUCCUCUCGGGCUCGGAAUGGACAAAUAGUGCCACUGGUGCCAGAUCCGGCGGAUGUGGAGAAAGCCAUGGCUGUCGCACGCAAGAAUCUUGGAAUCACAAGCGAUCCGCCAUCUACGCCCCAGAAAAAGGAUGACUCGCGGGACUCAGCGUUGGCCCCAGGCAGUCCACGAGCCAGCCAACCUCCACCGCCUGCACUGCCGCAGUCGCCAGACAUCAACUCAGCCAGGAAGAAGAGCUUCAUGGGCGGCUUGCUUCGUCGCAAUCGCAACAGUCAGCAGAGCGUUAUGACGGUGUCCGGCAUGCCACAAAAUGGUGGCGCGCCGCUCAUCCAGCAGCACGAAACGCCCACAAGACCACAAGGGAGUCAACGAGACUCAUCAUACAGCGCACGGCCACAAUCCCCUACCGCAAGUCCUGGCAAGCUCAUCAGGCGCGCUUCCGGGCAGCCUCAUCAACGUAUGGUUCGAGGUGAUUCGACGUAUUCCACUGCGACUGCUCCUCCUAUGAUGGGCGAGAGCAGUAUUUGGCCGUCGGGUGACGUGCCUCCUGUCCCUGCCAUUCCCGCUGAUUUGCAGACUUUGAAAGGUGACGGAAGACCUGCGACAAGUGAUGGACAGGGCGUCAGGUUUUCCGAGGACGUGACGGUGAGUCCAGGGGCAUAUAGUGCCAGGACGGGCAGGAAGAAGAAGUUCGGAAUGUUGAGGAGGGCAUUUGGACUCCAUGAUUAGUUUCAUUGAAUCAGAAGAAAUAAUCGUAGUGUGGGCUCUUUUGUGGUUGGAGUUGAGUAAUUGAAUGUUUAAUGUCUCGUUAAUGGUGGAGAGAACUGUACAUGAUGGUGGAAAGCGGACAGGAGGCGGCAAAAAAGAAGAAGAAGAAGCAGACACAGGAGAAAGCGCGAUCAGUGCGUAAGGGCGUGGGCAAGGAAGUGCAUGCAUGGCAUGGAGGAAGUAAUUGACCAAGAAAAAAAGGAUAUGGAAGAGACUUG